CUGGUUGAUCCGCUAUCCUCAUUAGCUGCCGAGCAGUCCCGUAACUUGCUUCCGGGCUAUGUCUCAGUAGGGCCGUCUUCACCGUUGCUAUUGGAACAUACCUCCGGUCACAGCCCCGGUCACAGCCCCGGUCACAACUCCGGUCCUAGGACUCCAAGGACCCCUAGGCGUGUGCCGCUACGGGCAUAUGACUGGGCCAACGCCCCUACACCGCCUCUCCGGAUGCGGCGGAUACAGAGAUAUCAGGAUUAUGUAUGCCUACGGCUACACACAUCUAUUACUUCUGGCAUGCCCUUGACUCCCUCAGUUAUACGGGUCUUUGACCACGCAACUAAUGCUAGCAACAUCCUCAUGGUCAUUGAAGCUAUCCAACAGAUACACCGUCUCAAAGAGUCCUCUGUCAGAUGGUCAACUGUGCAAGCAAGGACGGAAAUUAUAGCAAAGUACGGGCCAAUUCGUGUCGAAGAUAUCAGGCUACGUGUCGCCAAAGAUGACCACAAUAGACUGGCUGCACAGGCUGAUGAAAAGAAGCGGAUUUUCAGGAGAGACACCAAAGAUGAGAGUCACUAUUUACGUCGCUGGCUACGAGAUGUCAGGGCUAUAGUCAGAAGCAGCAUCUUGGGCUUCAAGCAGAGUCACUACAAGAGAGGCCAGUGGGCUAAGAUUGACCGGCAGAUUCACCUCUCUUCAGACAAGUAG